UUUUCGCAAUUUGGUUUGUCUUAGCAAUUGAUUUAUCUUUUUUUUUUUUCUUUUUAUUUUAUCAUUGCGAACAUAAACUUUGCUUUAACUUAUAAGCGAUCAAGCUAAAGGUAAUCAAUGAGGACGCACCGUUUACAUUGAUUUCUAUUACGUAGAGGAAUGAGGAAGCUUUAUAAACAUGAGCUUUUGACGCAACGUAAAUAUAUGACAGUCAGCUGCAUCAUACGACCGGAAUAGUGGUAGUCGAACUCGUCACGAGGUUGCGAUGUCAAUGAUUCGAGAUGUUAAACAAACCUGCACUUUAUGUGAUCAGUUGGACAUGAUGCAAUAAUCAUGUUCCGAAUCUUAUAAUAUUAACUUAAUUUCGCUUAUAUGUAUAAUAUAAUUAUAAUUAUACGAAAUAUAUCAAGUUUUGACAGAAUAAAUUUGAUAAAAUAUAGUUAAAGUAAAAAAAUUAGAGCAAGAAACGUGGUAAUCACCGCAUGAGUGAUUAGUUUCGUGAUUCGAUUGAACGAGUGGCACAAUCGAAAAUCACGGGAAUAACUAGAUGAAAGAGGAAACAAGUGGUGCGUGUCGUUUCGUGGCAAAAUGUGCUGUGGCCAACAAUGCAUGAAGAAAACGUUCGAUUACAGUGCGGUUUAAUUAUUUUCGAAAGUUAUCUCGUAUGUGGGGAUCAGAUAUAAAUCAGUAUGUCCUAAUGCGCGAGGAUUCGUUGUUGGUUCGAUGUCAUUUUUGUGCAACCCUGUGUAUGUCAUCGUGCUCAUUGAAUUGCUUUGUCUGAAUGGGGUGGCGGUGAACGACCGUUUCUAGGUCGGUCGAGAGAUUCACUGGAGCUUAAUUGACGCGGGAUUCGAGGGAUUCUAGGAGCGAGUCGAGGAAAAUUGGGACAUCGAGCGCGGACAUUUCCGCGCGGAAUUCGGGACAAAGGUUCCUCUCCAUGAGAUCUAACGUCGGUCAAGAAACAUCGUUUCUUCUCUCUCGCCUCGAUUGCAUCGCUCAGUGUCGAUCGUUCCACGUCAAAUGUGAAAACGGUGCGGGUCAAAUUGGGUCACCACAGAAAGAUAUCUCACAGUGAUCAGGCAAACGAAAAUUUUAAACGAAAAUUUUAAACAGAAGGAAAAACCUAAUCGUAUCGUGUAAACGGGAACAAACAUUUGUUGUGCGUGUGCGCGUGUAAUACGUGUGAUCGUUAAUUCGACAUGUUUUGUUUCCAAACACCGUUCACACGCGCCUCACGCGUGCUUGUAUCAUCCUUGUCUUCUAAUAAAACGAAGACUUCCUCCAUGAGCAUCAUUCUUCCAGUGAAUAAGAAUUCUAAAUGCGACGGACAAGAUUCGGAAGUUGCUAGCGAAGGCUCUGGCUCAUCAAUCGGGUAUAUUGAUCAAGAACCUCUGGUCUCUGACACGAGUAGCACGGACAGUACACUUCCCGAUAUCAAAGCGGAUUAUUUGGAUCCGGAGACGUUGUCACCUGGGCCGGAUUCCUUGACGGCACCAUCUUCCGUGAUCAUCGUCGAGAACGGUAUAGACGAAUCAAACGAUCGCAAUGUACUUUUAAAAGAUAACGAACGGAAUAACCACGUGAUCCCUUCCUCCAUACCCGAAAAGCAAUCGUACAGUAACAGACGGUGCAAGAAAUUGCUUCUCCGUCUUCGUUCCAACGAUUCCUCGAGUAACAAAGAAGAGAAUUUGGACGCGGUUAACGAUUCGAUUGAACCCGUAUCGCCCAUCUCGAACAAAGAACGCGGGGACGAAGAGAGAGAGUACAAAAGCGGGAAAACGACGACGUUGCUCACGAACUCGUCGCCGUCGGUGCUGAUCGAUUCCGUCGAGUCGGAAGAGGACGCGUUAAGAAACACGAGAGUGACAGCCGUAUCCGAGAACGAUAUAUCCUCGUUGCAAAAUGCGUUCAGCGAGUCGGAGAAAAAGAAUAUAUUCGAUCAGGAAACGGAAACAGAGACGGAGGAAGGAUCCUCGUUGCCGUUGAGCCCUGCUGGCCCGUCCACCGGUGCUUUAUCUUCGUCGACUGUACCCUAUUACAAUUUUCUCUGCGUGAAUGGUGGAACUAUGCGGCAAGAGAUGACCAGCACCAGCUCCCCGCAAUUGUCCUCGAAUAGCAACCAUAGAUCAAGCGCCGAAUCGACGCCGGUCGACGCUUGCAACUCGUUCAACGUGGAAAACAGUUCUAGAAUAGACACGUUGAAGCCAGAGAGUUUGGAAAGCACAUUUUGCUUACCGGCCGCUAGAUCUUGCCCCAAUCUGGAGAGGCAGAGUGCUGGUUGUUCGCCUACCAGCGGAUCCUCUGCUUCUAGCCCUAGCCCAGGCCCUGUCGGGCCUAGGUUUAAACCGAUAGAGGAGGGCGACAUUCAAGUGUGCUUCUUGAAUUAUACGAAUCUGGUGAAAAAAAUAUUGUCGAGCAAAUACUUGAGAAGAUGGGAAACGCAUCAUCUUUAUUUGAACGAUACAUGCAUCUCGUCUAAGACGCGAACGGGAUUUUUUCGACAACCGAUACCGUAUAGCAAUAUGUCAGAUAUACGGAAAUACGCUGUUACAAGAUGGGAUCCUACUUACAAGAACUGCCUUAGCAUAGUUCUACCAAACAGUUCUCUUCUUCUCCAAGCGAAUAAUGCUUAUACAAGGGACCAAUGGUAUCAUUCGAUACUAUGGAAGAGAAGUAUUUUCAAAUAUCAGCAUCUAGUGUCUCUAAAUACUCGGGAGGAAGUGAUCAUCAAGGAGUUAAAGUCGAUGGUGGAUUUCGCGUUAUGGACAUCGCUUCAAGACGAGAGAGUGUCGGUAGCACCGUUGGAAGCCGUCGCGAAGCAUUUGGAGGAUUCCGUCGUCGAAUCUCCAAUCGAAAAAAAUUCGGAAAAAUCAAGCGAGGAAAUAUCUCGAUAUCAAAACGAUCGUAAACAUUGGGCAGAAGUUAUCCUCUCCGUGGUCUCUCCACUUUUGGAUAAAGUAGCGCUUCCAGUUUGUUUGACGAGAGUUCUUGUGAAGCUGGCACAACAACAUCCGCAGUCGUCCUUGGUUACGGCCAUAAGUCCGGCGAUCACGAGAUGUUUAAAGCACACGGUGGAUUUCGGCAAAUCUUUGGAUAUGAGGAAACUGUUACAAGUGUUUAUAGCCUCCCUACACGCGACAGGCGGAGAGCAAGCUAUUAGGGAUUACAUUGCUUCGAUUCACGGAUCUGGUAGCGAUUGUCCUCAUCCAAGAGUGCUUCCUAAUUUAGUGUCUGUCUGUGUCGCUGCGAUUUUUCAUAGGUUUGAAGUGGCCAAACGUUCUUUACCAGAAAACGAGAAAUCGUCGACUUUACCUCCAUUGGAUUGUUAUUUGUUGGUGCUAAAUAUUGCAUCAGAAUACGCCGAUUGGAGGCCAGAAAUGGGUGCUUUGUUGCAACCUGUGCCAUUUCCGGACGAAGCUUUUGCAUUGAAAGAGGUUCAACAAUCUAUAUUAAUGUGCGUGAUAAACCGUUUGGCAAAAGACACGAGGUGCGUUGUUCAUCGUGUUCUACUUCCGGUCAGGGAAUCUAGACCUGGAUGGAUCCAUAUUGCUGCGCCAUCCAGUCCAGAUUGCCCUGAUCAAGGAGAAUUAUUUGGUGAAAUGUUAACAACUUUGCUGGCAUGCUGUUGCCGAAGAAAGAAGUUUAUCAGCUGGCUGACCAAGCAGGUACGCGAUGAUUGUAUAUUAUUGGCGGUAAGAGAUUGUGAAGCUGCCCAAGAAGCUCUUUGCUUGAUGUUAGAAUGGCAUUUGUUGUCGAGUAAAGAAGCUAAAUUGCAAAUAGUCAGUGCGUUGGAAUCGACCACCUCGGGUAAAGAACGUUAUGUUGCUCUUUGCCAAAGACAAAAGAAUUUACAGCAACUGCUGCGAAAAGGAGGUCCUAGACGAUUAACAUUACCAGCCCGUGCAACAGAUGCAGACGUCGCUCUUCUUUUGAAUGGUAGAGCUCUUGGCAGUCUGGAAUAUCUCAGCUUGGCUUUUACCUCAGUCACUUCAGCUUGCGCUGAGCAGUUAAUCAAAUUACCAGCCUUAAGGCAUUUAAACUUGUGGGCUACACAAUUUGGUGAUGCAGGCCUACAAAUGAUCAGUGAACAUCUGCAAAAGUUGCAGGUUCUGAAUCUUUGUGAAACCCCUGUUUCUGAUAAAGGAAUCUCUACCUUAGCCUCGUUGACGAGCUUAAGGAAACUGAAUCUGAACAGCACCAAGCUCUCUGUUCAAACAUUUGAAUCCCUGAAGAAAUGUUUACCAGCUUUGCAAGAGUUUGACGUAAGAUAUACGGAUGCUUGGUAACCAGAACUUUUAUCCUAUAUUGAAUCGAAUUAUUCCAAUAAUAACUUCAUCAUCAAAGAGAAAAGACAAAGUUGGUUAGAUAAGAUUUAGAUAAAUGAAGUUAAAGCAGUAAAACAUACGAGUCAAACUAUUUCGAAGCAUUUCGUGUGUAACUGUUUUAUAAGUGAAACAAGAAUGUUAUUUAAAUCUAACGGAUAAUAAUAUACGAUGGUGAAAUCGAAAUGGAUGGAAUCUCUUAGAGAGAGAGAGAGAGAGAGAGAGAGAGAAAGAGAGAAAGAGAGAUUUAUGAAGUGCGUGGAUAUCGUCUUCUUCGUUUGCAUGAAUGAAAGAAUAUUUACAAUGUUGUUAAAAUUGAUUUAAAAUAGAAAAGCACGUGACUAGGACCACAAUAAAAGCCUGAAAGAGUCAGAAGAUUUUAUUCAAGGAAAACGAAUGAGGAAACUUCCAAGAAGUAUCUGCCUAAGAACUGUUAUCUUGGUUAAAGAAAAAAAGAGAGGAAAUGAAAAAGAAGAUCCGUUCGAGGACACGCGUCAGAGUUAGAAUAGCUGAGAGUGAAAAUUCGUAACGACUCUAUAAAUAGUUGAUCCAUGUGGAAAUAAGUAAGAGGACAUCGAUGGCGCAGGGACUUGCUCUUCGGAACUCGAGAACUCGGGUUAUAUUAUACUCAGCUAAGCGCAAGUCUCCAAGUGCCUUGCCUUUUUGUGUAUCCUAUGUGUUUAUUUAAUUCAAUCAUUUAUAAAGUUUUUAAUUUAUCAAGACAGAUAUAAUUUAAUGAUGAAUAGAAAUGUAAAGACUUUAAUUUAUUGAAGUUUUUACAGUUUAUUGAAUUUUCAUUCGUUAUACGAUGCUAUUAUUUUAUAUUUAUAUAAUAGAUAUUUAAUUAUUUGUUAAAAUCAAUCUAGCAGAAUUUUUAUUCUUCCUCAAAUUCAUUUUUUCUUCUUUGUAAAUAUUAUUUAACGGACGUUCUUUCGAAAGACAUUUUUUCGAAUGUGAUUUACAUAGUUAGAUAAAUGUAGUUUUAUAAAGGGAACAGAAAUAUGCAUUUAAUUGAGAUUCGAUUUGAUUGUGCAGAUAUCAGGAUAUCGAAUAGACCUGUGAGUGAAAAUAGAUUUCCUGAGAAUGUAUAUUUUCUUUCUGAUUUUGGUUUCAGUUGGACCACCGAAAAUAAAAUAGCCAAGAACUCGUUCAUUGCAACUUGUUCUUUUAAUAUAAAUUUUAAAACUUGUUGUUAAGAUGUUCAAUU